CGUAUGGCACAAUCACAGCUCCGCUGCUAACACCAUCGAUCUAACCCAACCAUCUCUCCUCAUCGGCCGCCACCGCUGCUGAUGUUCUCUCCCGACUCCUUUAUCGCCUCCCACCCAAUCUCCCUCCUUACUCGCGGCUCACCACCACCACCCACCACCGCUCUUCCCCUCAUCUCUCUCUCUGACCUAAACCCAACUCUUUUAACCAAUCUUCUCUCUGUUUCUUCUCAACUCGGUUUCUUCCAACUCACCCACCACUCAAUACCCUCCCAACUCGAUCACUCAGGUGAAUCCGAUUCACUCUCUCUCUUCAACCUCCCUCACGAUUAGAAACAGUUAUUUGUACCCAAAAAUUGGCCCCUCGGCUAUGAUGGCGAUGACGAUGAAGAUGACGAUGGAACGGGUGACUUGUUCUAUUUCAACUCGUCUUGCUCUACUGGAGGUUGUCGGAGCGCUAUCCUGCGUAGUGGGUUUUGAGGACCCGUUCUGGAUUCUCAAUUUUGAGGCGGCUAAGGAGUAUAUAUAUCCCCAUUUGUGAUUCCAUUAUUUUCAAAGUUUGAUUAGUAAGCAUCAUCACAUCUUCGUCAAUUAAUUGUUUUUCCUCGGCGAAGAAAUUUCAGGCGAGAUUGAGGGUGUUCAUAAUGAAUUGGUUCACCGCUUGGCUAUGCGAGAGCAGAGGAAGCGAGCCUUGAUUUUAUGUCUGUAUAUAUAUAUAUAUAUAUAUAUAUACCUUACAAUAUAAAGAGAAAGUGACUAUGACGGAGCAAUUACGGCCGUCGGAGCAGGCGUGGCUGAGGCGAAGGGCAAUUACGGUCGUCUGAUGAUCGCUCGUUCCCUCUCUCUACGCUCAUACCUGUUGAUUUUAGAACCGCCGUAAGCACCACCGUUCCAUCCCGCCAAGUUUUGCAACCUAAUCACAGACGGCUGUUUCUAGGAGUCGGAUGUUGCUAGACCAAAGUGGGCAUGGUACAAUUCUUGAUUUGGAUAAGUAUGCCAUAAUGCGAUGUGUGUCGAUUAAUGUUAAGGAUCUUCGAAUUCUUGAUCCUCUGCUCUCUUAUCUUUCUACAAUUCUUGCCCGAAAAAGAGCAAUCGUUCUCAGUUUGGAGGUCAAUUUCUAGAACACCUGGUGAAAUUCCAUCGGAGAUAGGUAAUUUUCAACGUCUGGAAAAAUUGAGCUUCCCAAGUGGCUAUUUGACAGGGCGUAUUCCAUCUUCUAUCUUCAACAUUUCUUCUUUGCGAACUAUUAAUUUAUCAAACAAUAGCCUAUCUGGAAGCCUCCUAGUGAACACUCAUUUCAACCUUCCUUUUCUUGAAAAUCUAGAUCUUGACACUAAUCAACUCACAGGUCAAAUUCUAUCCAACUUAUGGAAAUGCAAAGCGCUUCAAUGGUUAGGAUUGUUUCGUAAUGAAUUCACCGGUAGCAUAUCCAGGUAAAUCGGAAACCUUACUUCGCUCAAGCAUCUAGUUAUUGGCCAUAACAACUUGACAGGUAACUUGGAGACUUUAAUUACUACUUAGUCUACCUUUAUUUUACUUUAGUAAACGUUUACCCUGUGCAUAAUGAAUUUAAGAAAAUGUAAAAUGGAACAAUAGGUACUUUACUAGAUGAGAUGGGUAACCUUAAUCUCGAGCUUCUUGUAGCCUAUGGAAACACCUUCACUGGCACCAUUCCAUUCAAAAUAUUCAAUGUGUCAACAAUGACAUACCUUGACCUAGGCGAUAAUUACUUAUGAGGUAAUUUACCUUCUAACAUGGGGUUUUGGCUUCCGAAUCUUAAUUGGCUUGAUCUAGCAGGGAAUUAACUCAGUGGAACAAUCCCCAACUCUAUCUCUAAUGCUUCUAAGCUUAACAUCCUUACCUUAAGCAGAAACUCAUUCAUUGGAUGUAUACCAAAUACGCUUGGUAGUUCAAGAUUCCUACGGGGGCUCAUAGUUAGUACAAAUAGUUUGACCAGAGAAUCUUCUACUCCGGAGUUGAGAUUUCUCUCUUCUUUAAUGAAUUGCAAAAAAUUGGAGAUAUUGGGCAUAUCAUUAAUUCCAUUGGUGAGAUUUCUCUCUUCUUUAAUGAAUUGCAAAAAAUUGGAGAUAUUGGGCAUAUCAUUAAUUCCAUUGAACGGAAUACUUCCAAUUUCAUUUGGCAAUUUGUCGUCUAGACUACAAGCGUUUGAGGCAAUUGAAUGCAAUAUUAAGGGAAACAUCCCGAGUGGAAUCGGUAAUUUGAGUAACUUGGAAUAUAUAAAUUUACAAAACAACCAAUUGAUUGGACCUAUCCCAAAAGCAAUUGGAAGAUUAAGAAAUCUAGAUCAUUUGCGUCUUGAAAAUAAUAGAUUUGAAAGAUACAUCCCAGAUGAUCUUUGUCGAUUAAAGAAGUUGGGAGCCUUGAAUGUAAGUAAUUACAAGCUCUAUGGAUCGAUUCCGACAUGCUUUGGUGAGCUAAAUUCACUGAGAAUGCUCCAUCUCAAGUCCAACAAAUUGAUUUCCAUAAUACCGUCAAGCUUGUGGAACCUUACAGAUCUAUUGAUUAUAAACCUAUCCUCAAACUUCCUAAGAGGUCAACUACCAUUGGAUCAUAUUGGAAAUUUGAAAGUCAUAAUAGAAAUAGACUUGUCAUGAAAUCACUUAUCAGGUACAAUCCCGAACACCAUUGGAGGAGCUCAGUCAUUAGUUUCUCUCUUCUUGGACCACAAUAAAAUGCAAGGACCUAUUCAUCAAUCACUGGGCAACUUAAUAAGCUUGAAAUUCUUGGAUCUAUCGAAUAAUAGCUUGUCUGGUGUUAUUCCCAAGUCCUUGGAGGCACUCAGGUAUCUCAACUAUUUCAAUGUGUCUUUCAAUAGUCUGCAAGGAGAAAUUCCUACUGGAGGACAUUUUGCUAACUUUACAGCCAAGUCCUUUAUGCAUAAUGGUGCACUUUGUGGUGUACCGUGAAUACAAUUCCCCCCAUGUAAACUUCAUCAAAGAUCGAGGUCAAAAAUUUCACUGAGGUUGAUAUAUAUUUUAAACCCCUAUUGCAUUAGCAAUUUUUGUUGUGGCCCUCAUGUUUGUGUUGAUAGGAAGAAACAAAAAGAUCAAAUUGCAGACCCAUGUAGAUUUGUCACCUCUUGCUUAGAGAAGUUUCAUAUGAGGAACUUCUACAAGCAACAAAAGCAUUUAGUGAAACCAACCUAAUCGGCAUGGGGAGUUAUGGCUCAGUAUAUAGAGGAAUGCUCCAGGAUGGAAUGAGUAUUGCAGUAAAAAUUUUCAAUUUGCAACUAGAAGUAGCUUUCAAGAGUUUUGAUAUCGAGUGUGAAGUAAUGCGCAACAUUCGUCAUCGGAAUCUAAUUAAAAUCAUCAGCAAUUGCUCUAACCUGGAUUUCAAGGCCUUGGUACUAGAGUACAUUCCUAAUGGGAGCCUCGAGAAGUGGUUGUAUUCUCACAACUAUUGUUUGGAUAUCCUGCAACGGUUGAAUGUCAUGAUAGAUGUUGCAUCAGCCUUGGAGUAUCUACAUCAUGGUCAUACUACACCCAUUGUUCAUUGCGAUUUGAAGCCCAGCAAUGUCCUCUUCAACGAAGACAUGGUUGCACAUGUUGCUGAUUUUGGAAUUGCGAAACUCUUAAGUGAAGGGGAUCGUAUGGUACAAACUAUGACCUUAGCAACAAUUGGGUAUAUGGUACCAGUCUUGCAUAGAGUAUGGAACGGGAGGAAUAGUAUCUACAAGAGGUGAUGUCUAUAGUUACGGUAUCAUGUUGAUGGAAACAUUCACAAGGAAGAAGCCGACGGAAGAAAUGUUUGCCGGGGAGAUGAGUUUGAAGCGUUGGGUGAAUGAAGCAUUGGAUGGUUCCAUAAUUGGAGUUGCGGACUCCAAUUUGAUUGGAAGAUAUGGAGAAGAUUUCUUUGUGAAUGAGCAAUGCUUCUCAUCUAUCUUGGGUUUAGCUGUGGAAUGCUCAAAUGAUAUACCCGGGUAAAGGAUAAACAUGAAAGAAGCCUUGGUUAGACUCAAAAAAAUUAAGGUCUCCUUUCUAGCAAAUAAUGGUAGGACUUGAAAUUUAAAAGCAAUCAAGAUUCCCAUGAAUCCUCGGGUUUAGUAGUAUUAUGUACUUUCAGAUUUUCCCACUAAUUAUAUGCGUCCAGUUUGAAAUCUUUUACGUUAAAGAAACGUAGUGGAAGAUCAUGUAUUAGUCAUGCUAGUAGCUUUAUAUAAUUCGAAAUUUGCAUCCUUUCAACUCAUUUUUGGGUCAUAUUUAUCUAUCUGUGGAGUAAUUAAUAUUUAGCCACUACAAGUUUGCACCUUUAUCAUUUAACCUUUUCGGCACCUUAAUUAUAGGUGCUCAUGAUUUCCAAAAAAAAAUUAAAAUUGCUUGUACAUACCCUGGUAGAUAUCAUAGAGCAUGCCUAUGACGUUUCUCAAAUUUUCAAU